AUGAGCGAAUCAAAUACCCUUAUCAAGAAUUUUUUAUCGCAACACNCAUUAUAUCAAGCAGCUGAAAAAUGUAUUGAUAGAGAAGUUACAGAUACUUAUGACUAUCAUGAUUUUUUCCCCUCGUGGAAUGGACCAAUGGUGGAUUACAAAACAAUCAUUCAGGACUUAUUUAGAAUUGAUGAAUCCAGUCUAGAAACAUUCAUAGAGGGUGGGUUACCUGCUACAGAAUAUCUGGAUCUUCAAAUAUUGACAAAACGCGGUGAUCAAGAAUUUAGUAAGAAAUUCCUCCGCUUCUUGUUAGCACUUCCCAUGUGCGAGUACGAGAUUGUUAAUAAUAGCAGUGCACUUAGUAAAAGUACUGGAUCUGAAAGUCAAUUUUCCAUGAGCCUUUCCCCAUUUAAAUUCGAUGAUAACUAUAUAAACAGAAUUGACGAUGGAGAGAUAGCGCGUACAAUACGGAACAUACUAAGAUUGUCACCUAAUGAAAAGCUAAUUAAUGGUCUCACACCGUUUGCCUUCAAGUAUUACCAACUAAUUAAUCGAAGUGACGAGUUGGAGAAUGACUACAAAUUCGUGUUUAAUCACUACUUAGUUCAACCUAUAUUUUUGUUCUUGGUGAUAACCUUUGGUUUGAGCAUGGAACUUAAGCUAGAUAUCAAGAGUGUAAAGGACCUGAAUGGUGUACCAUCGAGGGUACAAUCAGACAUACAUCUUAUCAAAAAUGGGCAAGUAUUUUGUACUAUCGAAGUUAAGAUGUUCCCAAUACUACCAGGUUACGUAGGGCGGAAUACCUCAACGAUUGGAGCCAAUAUUUUUAACCAACAUAAUAUCAAUAAAUUCAUGAAACAAGCGAUCACCCAGAUGGUUUAUUUCAAAACAAAUAUGGGUAUCAUUACAGAUUCGUAUAUUGCUAUAUUUGUGGAGAUUGACUUAGAUUGUUUCGAAAGAAACAUAGAUGAACUCAAAGGUAAAGCAGAUUUUCACAAGCACAAGACUGUGCCCUUUAGAUAUAAAGUAUUGGACUGUCAUUCGGCAGCGCCUACGUUACGAGAAGCACUAAUGCAUUUUUUCUACACUGCUUUUGUUGAUGAUGGGACAGAAAAGAUUAGGCAGGAAAGAAUGCUCAAAUUGAGAGAAUAUUUAUGGGCUACUCCAGAACAGGAUGAGGAGCAAGCCGAGAUCCUGGAGUACAGUUCUGAAAGAUCAGAUAGAUCGUUCGGUAGUAGACCAAGUACAGCUGGUACAGCUGGUACGCAAUCAUCGACAACAUUGGUGUCUCGUGAUGAAGAAGACGAAGAAUUGGAAGAAGAAUCUCUUCUCGAAUUCACAGCCAAUGACCAUGUAACUAUGCAGAAUGGUAAUAUUUAUAAUUCGCAGCUUGUUGCAAUUGA